CACCUGCUGCCUUUCGGCGCAGGCGUAGAGGUCCCCGCGUCCUUAGCUGGCCGAGCCGUCCAGUGGUGCAGUGAGAGGGAAGGUCGACCGAGAGGGCUUGCUUAAGCCAUGCCGGACUCUUGGGACAAGGAUGUGUACCCCGAGCCCCCGCGCCGCACGCCAGCUCCCUCGCCGCAGACCUCGCUCCCCAACCCCAUCACCUACUUGAUGAAGGCCUAUGAGCUCGUCGUGGACCGGCCCGUGACCCUCGUGAGAGAGUUUAUUGAGCAGCAACACGCCAAGAACCGAACCUACUACUAUCACCGACAGUACCGUCGCGUGCCAGACAUCACAGAAUGCAAAGAGGGUGACAUCCUGUGUAUCUUUGAGGCUGAGAUGCAGUGGAGAAGGGACUUCAAAGUUGACCAGGAAAUUGUCAACAUCAUCCAGGAAAGGCUUAAGGCCUGUCAGCAGAGGGAGGGCGAGAACACCAAGCAGAACUGCGCAAAGGAACUGGAGCAGUUCGCCAAGGUGGCAAAAGCCUACCAGGACCGCUACCACGACCUGGGAGCCUAUUACUCUGCCAGAAAGUGCCUGGCGAAGCAGAAGCAGAGGAUGCUGGAAGAGAGAAGGGCCGCCAAAGAGACUGCAGCCGCCUGA